GCUUUAGAAUGAAAUGGCUGCAUAGAUUUGUAAGUGUGUAGAGAAGGGAGUGAUUCUGAAUGUGAUUAUUACAAAUUCAACAUCGUAUUAAGCUUUUAGUAGAAGUUUAUAUGAGAAAGAAAAAAGUAAUAGUGUUUUAGAAUUUGCUGAAUCCGUUCUUGUAAAAAUUUAGUAACUAAUUUUGGACGCCGCACUUAUCCCACUCAAAUAUAUAACUCUUUCUUUUAGAAAAUUCUCUCUUUUUACUUAUGGCUCUGUAUCCAAGAGAAUCAGCUUCACUUAUCUCUCGUUUGUCAAAAGAUGUCACAAUUUCACAAGAUGGUGUUAAAAAAGCUGCCAAUCUGAUUAUCAAAGGUUUCCAAAGUGAUCACAUUGACUUAAAGACUUGGAAGACUCAUCCUUUGAAUCCAAAAGAUCCAAUGCUUCCAUUCACUGUUGAUUGGAUAUUUCUAGUGGACACACUGAAUUUUUCAUUUUGGUCUGAGCCUGGGAAAGAAUAUAGAAUAACUUAUCAUGGUGAAACAUAUACUGGCUAUUGGUCUUUGUGUGCUGCUGUCAACAGAGCUAUAGAGGAAGGGUAUAACAUCACUUCACCAGUGUACUAUUCCAACAUAUCCUUAGAUACUUUGCAACACAUAUUCAGAUCUGAUACAGGUACAGAGCUGCCUUUGCUAGAAGAACGGCAAAAGGUACUUAAUGAGACUGGGAAAUGCCUUGUUGAAAAAUUUGAAGCAACAUUUGUGAGGUGCUUAGCUUUAUGUGAAAAAAGUGCAGCUAAACUUCUCCAACUCAUCGUUGAAAAUUUUCCUUCAUACAGAGAUGAAGCAGAGAUUGAUGGACAUAAAGUUUCUUUUUAUAAAAGAGCACAGAUUUUGAUUGGAGAUAUUUGGGCAUGUUUUGAAGGCAAAAGUUGUGGAACAUUUGAAGAUAUUGAUACCAUAACUAUAUUUGCAGAUUACAGAAUACCUCAAGUAUUGGUAUACUUGGGUGUUUUGGAAUAUUCUGAAGAACUUUUAAAAAAGUUGAAAGAAGGUGAACUAUUAGAAAAUGGAGAUCGAUAUGAAGUAGAGAUAAGGGGUUGUACAAUAUGGGCAGUGGAGUUGAUGUGCCAGUACAUAAAAGGAAAGCAAGCUCAAGGUGAAGUGGAACAAAGUAUUUUGUUUAAUUCCAUACUUAUAGACAAUUAUUUAUGGGAUUAUCGCAGACAGCAUGCAAAAGAGAUGGAACAUAUACCAUUCCACAAAGUGCGUUGCAUUUAUUACUAAAUGCUUAUAUUAAUCAAUGAAUAAAUAUGCAAUCAAUCAAUUUACAUCAUUGAAUUAUAUUCAUAUAUUUUCUUGAUUGAUCUACAAAAUAUUUGUUUACAAAUAUUCACAUUUGUCAUGUCAUUAAUUUAUUCUGGCUACAUGCUAUUUUAUUUUUCAGUAAAAUUUUCUAUUGAUAUACAUGUACAUAAAUUUCGUAAUUACAAGGUUUUUUUUAAUAAGUAGAAUGUGAAAUAAACAAGUUCAUUAAUAAA